CCACUGCAGGCCCCAGCAUGGCACCGUUCCUGCGCAUCUCCUUCAACUCCUACGAGCUGGGCUCCCUGAAGGCCGCGGAUGAGGCAAGCCAGCCCUUCUGUGCUGUGAAGAUGAAGGAGGCUCUCAGCACAGAGCGCGGGAAGACGCUGGUGCAGAAGAAACCCACCAUGUACCCCGAGUGGAGGUCCACGUUCGACGCCCACGUCUACGAGGGCCGCGUCAUCCAGGUUGUGCUAAUGCGGGCCGCUGAGGAGCCGCUGUCCGAGGCAACAGUGGGUGUGUCCGUGCUGGCCGAGCGCUGCAAGAAGAACAAUGGCAAGGCUGAGUUCUGGCUGGACUUGCAACCCCAGGCCAAGGUGUUGAUGUCAGUGCAGUAUUUCCUGGAAGACGUAGAUUGCAAGCAGUCUAUGCGGGGUGAAGACGAGGCCAAGUUCCCAACAAUGAACCGCCGUGGAGCUAUCAAACAGGCCAAAAUUCACUAUAUCAGGAACCACGAGUUCAUUGCCACCUUCUUUGGGCAGCCCACGUUCUGCUCCGUGUGCAGAGAGUUUGUUUGGGGUCUCAACAAGCAAGGCUACAAGUGCAGGCAAUGUAAUGCUGCCAUCCACAAGAAAUGCAUCGACAAGAUCAUCGGCCGGUGUACAGGCACUGCAGCCAACAGUCGGGACACCAUAUUUCAGAAAGAACGUUUCAACAUCGACAUGCCGCACCGGUUCAAGGUUUAUAACUACAUGAGCCCCACCUUCUGUGACCACUGUGGCAGCCUGCUCUGGGGGCUGGUGAAGCAGGGAUUAAAGUGUGAAGACUGUGGCAUGAACGUGCAUCACAAGUGCCAGACGAAAGUAGCCAACCUCUGUGGCAUCAACCAGAAGCUCUUGGCCGAGGCCUUGAAUCAAGUUAGCCAGAGAUCUUUAAAGAAGGAACCAGAGACCCAAGAAACUGUUGGGAUCUACCAGAAUUUUGAGAAAAAGCCAGGAAUCUCUGGAGAUGAUGUCGCAGCAGAAACUGGGACCUACGGCAAGAUCUGGGAGAGCAGCACCAGGUGCAGCAUUGACAACUUCACCUUCAUCAAGGUCCUGGGCAAAGGCAGCUUCGGGAAGGUGCUGCUCGCAGAGCUGAAGGGCAAAAAGGAAUUCUUCGCCAUCAAGGCUCUCAAGAAAGACGUGGUCUUGAUCGAUGACGACGUGGAGUGCACCAUGGUGGAGAAGCGGGUGCUGGCACUCGCCGGGGAUCAUCCAUUUCUCACCCACCUCUUCUGCACCUUCCAGACCAAGGUGCCUGGCCCAUCCUCUGUCAGUGCCCCUGGCCCACAGCCCUCCUCAGGAGAAGCAGGGGCUGCUCACAGAAAUCUCAGGACACUGUAUGUGUGUGUGUGUGUUGUCUCAUCCAGGUUUUAUGCGGCUGAGAUAGUCUGUGGACUACAGUUUCUGCACCAGAAAGGGAUCAUUUACAGGGACCUCAAGCUGGACAAUGUGUUGCUGGACCACACCGGCCACAUCAAGAUUGCCGACUUCGGCAUGUGCAAGGAGAACAUGUCCGGGGACAAACAGGCCAGCACCUUCUGCGGCACCCCUGACUACAUCGCCCCCGAGAUCCUGCAGGGCCUGAAAUACUCGUUCUCCGUGGACUGGUGGUCCUUCGGAGUCCUUCUGUAUGAGAUGCUUAUUGGUCAGUCCCCCUUCCAUGGUGAUGAUGAGGACGAACUCUUCGAGUCCAUCCGGGUUGACUCACCGUACUAUCCUCGCUGGAUCACCAGGGAGUCCAAGGACAUCCUGGAGAAGCUACUUGAACGGGACAUAAACAAGAGGCUGGGAGUGACAGGGAACAUCAAAAUCCACCCCUUCUUCAAGACCAUCAACUGGGUUCUGCUGGAGAAACGUGCAGUGGAGCCACCCUUCAAGCCCAAAGUGAAGUCACCCGGAGACUACAGCAACUUUGACCAGGAGUUCCUGAAUGAGAAGCCGCGCCUCUCCUACAGCGACAAGAACCUCAUCGACUCCAUGGACCAAACAGCAUUUGCUGGCUUCUCCUUCGUGAACCCCAAAUUUGAGAGGCUCCUGGAAAACUGAGGUUCCCGAACGUGUGCCCCAAAAACCCAUCCCAGCCUGGGAGCCUGGGUCAGCCAGCACUGCCUGCCGACCCGCAGCGCAGGUGGGGCCCACACUUCAUCGGCACCUGCCUGCCCCCCACGAUAAGCAACCGUGCAGUUGUCGUGAUUUCUGCUGCUGCCCGCCCCCCAUGUCCCCCAGAGGGGCCUCAGCUCCUGUCCAGCUGGGCUUUCAUGGUACUUCCUCUGUGAAUUGUGUGUGAAUUUGCUUUUCCUCUGCCCUCAGAGGGAAAUUGUAAAUCCUGUGUUUCAUGACUUGAAUGUAGUUAUCUAUUGAAAAAUAUAUAUAUUAUAUAUAUAUUAUA